AUGGAGGAAGAUCCAAGUCCGAUGUGGUUGCGAAUAAGUCUCAAACAGUGGGUGAGCCGCCAGCUCAGAGAUCUCGAGGAUUGCCACCUGCUUCUUCUCGUUCUGGCCAGAAGAAAUGCUCUACUUGUGGUGGUGUGCAUGACUCUAAGGAUUGCAGGCGGGUUACAAGGGCAUGUUACAAGUGUGGCAGUCUGGAGCACCAUAUUGCUGAGUGUCCACAGAUGCAGUUUUCUGGAGCACAAAGAUCCUCUACAGUUCAAAAUUCUAGGCAUGAACCAACACCUAAACCUCAGGGUUCUGUGGGUCAGUGAGCAACCCUCAUCCUCCACUCAGCAUAAAGUUGAAAGGCCGAAGACACAAGGACGAGUUUAUGCAUUGACUCAAGAGGAUGCUCAUGCCUCAAAUGCAGUAGUGUCAGGUAUACUAUCAGUUUAUUCCACAUAUGCCUGUGUCUUAUUUGAUUCUGGAGCUACACAUUCGUUUAUCUCGUUUACUUUUAUUCGGAAGCAUGUUUUGCCUGUUACUACUUUUGAGUAUGAUUUGUGUGUUGCCACCCCAUUGGGAGUUGAUAUUGUUCUUAGUAGAGUAUGUGAGAACUGUCCCAUUAUUGUUGCCGGUCAUGAGUUGCUAGCUUGUCUUCAUGUUAUGGGUAUGACUGACUAUGAUGUCAUUUUGGGAAUGGAUUUUCUGUCUAGAUUUCAUGCUGUAGUUGAUUGUUAUACAAAAAGGGUAUUAUUUAAAAUCCCUGGUGAAGCUGAGUUCACCUUUCAGGGAAAUGAGUCUGUAUCACCGCCUUGUGUGAUUUCCGCUUUACAAGCUUGGAAAUUACUCUUGGGUGGGUGCUCGGGGUUUCUUGCAACAUUGGUGGAAGUUGAAUCAGAAGGGCCAGUGUUAAAGGAUAUUCAGGUGGUCAAUGAAUUUUCUGAUGUUUUCCCUAAAGAUCUUCCUGGUUUGCCACCAGAUAGAGAAGUUGAAUUUACUAUUGAUUUGAUUCUGGGAGCGAGCCACAUAUCUAAGGCUCCUUACAGGAUGGCACCUGCAGAACUUAAGGAGUUAAAGAAGCAACUUGAGGAACUGCUUGAGAAGGGAUUUAUUCGCCCAAGUGUUUCUCCGUGGGGCGCUCCAGUUUUGUUCGUGAAGAAGAAGGAUGGCAGUAUGCGAUUAUGCAUUGACUACCGAGAGUUGAACAAGGUAACAGUAAAGAAUCGAUAUCCAUUGCCUCGGAUCGAUGACCUUUUGAUCAAUGCGUGGGUAGCUUUCCUUGGUCAUGUGAUAACUAAGGAUGGGAUUUCUGUUGAUCCCAAGAAGAUAGAAGCUUUUGUUGAGUGGAAGAGACCUACUAAUGUGGCAGAGAUUCGCAGUUUCCUGGGGCUAGCCGGUUAUUAUAGACGAUUUGUGGAAGGGUUUUCAGUGUUGGCGGCACCAUUGACCAAACUCACUAGGAAAGGAGCAAGUUUUCAGUGGUCAGAUAAGUGUGAACAAAGUUUCCAAGAGUUGAAACACCGGUUGGUGUCUGCACCUAUUCUCACACUUCCAUCUCCUGGUAAAAGGUUUACCAUUUAUAGCGAUGCUUGUAAAACUGGUCUUGGAUAUGGAGGCAUUACCUGUAUGGGGAGACUUGUGAGGUGUUUACUGGAUCACAAGAGCCUUAAAUACAUUUUUCACCGUAAGGAGUCGAAUAUGAGAGCAGGAGGAGAUGGUUUAGUGGUGAGACCUACUCUAUCUGAGAGGAUUAAAGCAGCACAAGAAGUGGAUGGUUAUCUGCAGAAGAUUCGGCAAGAAGUGGAAAGGGGCACCCAAGUUCAGUUUAGAAUUCAUGAAGAUGGCUCAGUAAGAUUCGGUGAUCGGAUUUGUGUUCCAAAUAAUUCAGAAUUGAAAAAGGAAAUCAUGGAGGAAGCUCAUUAUACCAGCUACUCAGUGCAUCCUGGAAGCACCAAAAUGUACAAGGAUUUGAAGGAUAUCUUUUGGUGGAACAACAUGAAGAGAGAUGUCGCACAGUUCAGGCCAGCGGGACUUCUGCACCCUCUUCCCAUUCCUGAGUGGAAGUGGGAGAACAUUGCUAUGGAUUUUGUGUCUGGGUUUCCUCGAACCAGUAAAGGCUUCGACAGUGUGUGGGUGGUGGUGGACAGGCUGACCAAGUCUGCUCACUUCUUGGCUGUCAGGACUGGCAUGACUUUAGAGAAGUUAGCUGAGUUGUACAUUGAUCAGGUGGUGAGACUUCAUGGUGUUCCUGUUACUAUUGUGUCUGAUCGGGAUACGCGGUUCGUGGCACACUUCUGGAGGAGUCUACAUAAGGCCUUAGGAACCAAAUUGACGUUCAGCACAGCUUUUCAUCCGCAAACUGAUGGGCAGUCUGAGAGAACAAUUCAGAUUCUGGAGGAUAUGCUUCGGGCUUGUAUGCUUGAUUUUGGGCCUUCUUGGGAUCGACAUUUGCCAUUGAUAGAGUUUUCUUAUAAUAACAGUUAUUAGUCAAGUAUUCAAAUGACUCCUUAUGAGGCACUGUAUGGCAGGAGAUGUAGGUCACCAAUUUGUUGGGAUGAUGUAGGAGAACGUAAAUUGUUAGGGUCAGAGAUUGUGCAGUUGACAGUGGAGAAAGUUCGUCUUAUCAGAGAUCGUCUGCGAAUAGCUCAGAGCAGGCAGAAAAGUUAUGCAGAUAAUAGGAGAAGAAGCUUGGAGUUCCAGGUGGGUGAUCAUGUGUUCCUAAGAGUAGCUCCCACUAAAGGAGUUAUUCGUUUUGGUGUGAGAGGGAAGCUCAGCCCUCGGUUUAUUGGUCCGUUUGAGAUCUUAGAACGCAUUGGUGAGGUGGCAUAUCGACUUGCAUUACCACCUUCAUUGUCUCGGGUACAUGAUGUGUUCCAUGUUUCUAUGCUGAAGAAGUUCAUUCCGAAUCCUGACCAUGUGAUACAGUUUUAUGACUUUGAGCUUAGCAAUGAUUUGACGUAUGAGGAGCGACGUAUAAAGAUUGUGGAUUUUAAGGAGCAAACAUUGAGAAGGCGGGUCAUUUCUUAUGUCAAGGUUCAAUGGAGCAAUCAUUCAGAGCGUGAAGCAACUUGGGAGUUAGAGUCUGAGAUAAAAGAGAGAUAUCCGUAUCUUUAUGAUACUUCAGGUAAGAGUUUAGAGGACUAAACUCCUUUAAAGGAGGGAGGAGUUUGUGGACCCCAACCUCUUAAUUAAUUUUAAAUUAUUUUUAGUUAAAUCUAUCUACUUAUUUAUAUUUUAAAAGGAGACCCUUAUCUUAUCCCAGCCUCCCAGAUCUGAUUUAUCGUUCCGUAACACCC